UCUCCUCCUGGCCAGCCCUAGGUAAUAGCACGCACCUAUUCGGAUUCUGCACUCUCUUCGAUACUUUUAGCGACAGCCGAUUCGAGCAUUGCGCGUAUUCUGCACAGGACACCACCGAUCUAUUGCAUAUAGUCUAUGUCCUUAUUCCUCGGUGGUGCCUCCUUGCCUUCGAUUAGAGAUACCCCUAUUAUCUUUCCAUCUGAACUAUUGCUUGGAUAUAUUCGAGGUUAUUCGGUGUCCCCCUUAUCCCCCCCUUGAUCGCAACGCCUAUUGUAAUUUCCAACGUUACUUGUUACGCUAGGAUCUGCGCAACCCGGGCCCUAUAUCUUCGUUGUGCCUCUGUGCCUGCAUCGGGGCACGUAUAAUUCAAGACGGCGGUGCUAUUGCACACCUCGCGGGACAACCGUGUUCCCCUUCAUAUUCUCGGGAUGCAGGACCUCUCCGCAUCCGGCGGCAUCCCCACCGGCCCUGCCAACUCGGCGGGCCGCUUCGGUCAUGCUUCGAAGCCUUCGAACAGCGAUACCGGUUUCUCUCACGGCGCCUUCACUUCCAACAUCACCGGGUUCGCUGACAGGCAUCCCCGUCGUGGCAACAUUCCGUCGAUCAACACCCAGCAGCAGCUCUCCCAGCCCGCUCCCACCAACCUUCAUGAUAUGACCACCCCUGGCACCGGAUUCGAUAUGCAGUUCACGCCUCUGCUCCCGUCGCAGUUGCUUCUCGGCAGCCCCUUCCAGCCCGGAACGCCAGCUGCCUUUGCUAGUCCUCAGUUUCAGAGUUUGUCUGCCUUCCAGCAUAGCCAGCAGCACAAUGGUCAGCAGCAGAACGGCCUGUCGAGCCCCGUCCAGCAGGGUUUGUCGUCCCAGGCUUACCAGUCGAUGGUGUCUCCCUCGACCUACGGCGCGCCUCAGUUCUUCCAGCCUCAGUCCCCUACCGGUACAUUCAAUAGCAUGGGCGGCCAGCUCCAGAUGCAGCCUCAGUCGCCCACUUUAAGUCCCGGUAUCGUCACGGGAACCAGCAGGACGGUGUAUCUCGGCAACAUUCCUCCGGACACGUCCGCCGAGGAAAUCCUCGGCCACGUCAGGAGCGGCCAGAUAGAAUCGGUUCGGCUGCUCCCCGAUAAGAACUGCGCCUUCAUCUCCUUCCUGGACGCUAACGCCGCCACCCACUUCCACUCGGAUGCCAUCUUGAAGAAGCUCUGCAUCAAGGGGCAGGAUAUCAAGAUUGGUUGGGGCAAGCCGUCUCAGGUACCAACCUCUGUCGCCCUGGCUGUUCAGCAGUCCGGCGCAUCCCGGAACGUUUACCUCGGGAAUUUGCCCGAGGAGCUCGCGGAGGAGGAGCUCCGCGAAGACCUCGGAAAAUUUGGCGCCAUCGACACGAUCAAGAUCGUUCGAGAGAAGAAUAUUGCCUUCAUUCAUUUCCUAUCCAUCGCUAAUGCGAUGAAGGCUGUUCAGCAGCUGCCCCAGGAGGCCAAGUGGCAGUCGCCUCGCCGCGUAUACUACGGCAAGGAUCGUUGCGCCUACGUGUCGAAGACCCAGCAGCAGAACGCGGCUCAGUAUCUCGGCAUCGCCCCCGGGUACGCCCACAUGCUAACCGGCCAGGACCGCGAAGUCAUUUCCAGCGCUCUCGCUCAGCAGUCUGUUGCCGCCGCUGCCGUGGCCACGACGGCGGGCGGCAUCAACAAUCUCGGGAACCGCACGAUCUAUCUGGGUAAUAUCCACCCGGAGACUACCAUUGAAGAGAUCUGCAACGUGGUGCGAGGCGGCCUGCUCCAUCAUAUUCGAUACAUCCCGGACAAGCACAUAUGCUUCGUGACCUUCAUCGACCCCACUGCGGCCGCCUCUUUCUAUGCUCUGAGCAACCUGCAGGGCUUGAUGAUUCACAACCGUCGUCUCAAGAUCGGCUGGGGAAAGCACUCUGGUGCCCUGCCGCCGGCUAUUGCGUUGGCCGUCAGCGGUGGUGCCUCCCGAAAUGUCUACAUUGGCAAUUUAGACGAGACCUGGACUGAAGAGCGACUGAGACAGGAUUUCUCUGAGUUCGGCGAGAUCGAACUGGUCAAUACCCUACGCGAGAAGAGCUGUGCCUUCGUCAACUUCACCAACAUUGCCAACGCCAUCAAGGCCAUCGAGGCGGUUCGGAGCAAGGAAGAGUACAAGAAGUUCAAGGUCAAUUUUGGCAAGGAUCGCUGCGGAAAUCAGCCUCGACAGCUCCAGCCUCAGCAGCAGGCGCCGCAGGGCCAGUCCCCUCGCGGAGAUGGCGUAACAUCACCUCCGCCAGCCGGUAGCGGAAGCAACAACUCGCCCACCAACCCGACCUCGCCGCAGUCUGCGAACAGCGUCAGCCUAUUUGCCAACGGGAACAAUCCCCUCACCAUGUACCUGAGCCAAGUGUCUCACCAGGCCCAGCAGCAUCAGCAUCAGCAGCACCAGCUGCUGGCUAGUCAACAGGCAGCUCUCUUUGGCACUGCUGCGUCUUCGCCCAACGAGCUUUCGCUCGACGUCUCCCAACCGCCAUCCGGCGGUGCCGCUCACGGGCAGUCGGCUAGCAUCUCUAACGGAUAUGCGAAUGGCACCUCUGGCGCUACUACCAUCGGCGGCCUCCUAGCGCCCGGCAACCAGCGAGGACAACACAACCGUGCCGUGAGCCUGCCCGUUUUUGCCCCCGGUUUCGAGAACGGCGGCAACAGCCCGGUGAGCGCGAUGGGAGGCCCCGGCGAGGGGGAACGCAGAGGACACCAAUACCAGGCCAGCUUCGGUGGUAUGGGCUCCGGUCUGGGCCUCGCGAUCCAGGGAGGACUGAACGGCUGGGUUGAAGAGGAGGUCGCCAACUGAUUUGACAAAACCUCACUCGGAAAAGGCGACCGCUAGGGAAAGAUAAUAUGUUGUA